AUGACUGCAUAUAAACCCCACGGUCCACCACACAGUAUAUCAAGACUGUACAUGAAGCAAGCAAGAUAUGACUUUUCGUGCACAUGGGAUGCAUUCUACACCAAUGUCACUGCCAGUGACGUCAAGCAAGGUCUUGAGAGCCUUGAAGCCGGUGGGAUUAGCCCAAAGUUCGUUAUAAUUGAUGACGGAUGGCAAUCUGUUGCCAUGGAUGAGACCAGUGUUGAAUUCAACGCUGAUAAUGCUGCCAAUUUCGCAAACAGAUUAACACACAUAAAGGAGAAUCACAAGUUUCAAAAAGAUGGCAAAGAAGGCCACAGAGUAGACGACCCUGCAUUGAGUCUUGGACACGUUAUCAAAGACAUCAAGAGUAACAAUUCCCUCAAGUAUGUUUACGUUUGGCACGCGAUAACCGGGUAUUGGGGAGGAGUUAAACCGGGUGUUUCCGGUAUGGAGCAUUACGAAUCAAAGGUUUCCUAUCCAGUUUCUUCCCCAGGAGUUAUGUCCAACGAGAAAUGUGGCUGUCUUGAAAGCAUAACCAAGAACGGACUCGGUUUGGUGAAUCCUGAGAAAGUCUUUAGCUUCUAUAACGACCUUCACUCGUACCUUGCAUCCGUUGGGAUCGAUGGUGUCAAAGUCGACGUACAGAACAUUCUUGAAACUCUUGGAGCUGGACAUGGCGGUCGUGUGAAACUUGCAAAGAAGUAUCACCAUGCUUUGGAAGCUUAA